AUGAAAUCUAACAUAACUACCAGAUGCAAAGAUUCUCUUAAUAUCAGUUCUCUAGAAGUAAUCCACUUUAACUCUCCCUGCAUUAUCGAAUUCGAAUUAAUGAUCACUAACUUCUGCUAAUUCAGUUUUUGGUAAUAAGAUCACUGCAUCAGAUUUAAGUUUCUGCUUUCCCUUGAAGACAAUGAAAUCGUUUUCGAACUUCUUAAUCUUGAUGUUGUCAUAUAUAUUGAUUCCUUUUUCAACAUGCAGAUCCAAACAAGAUUUGUGAAUUCAGGACCAUACUGGACUUGGAAUUGA